AUUUUUCCUCCUAAAUUUACAAGCAUUUCUUAAAAUCACUAAAUCAAUCUACCCAGAAUAUCAAGUUUGAGAUUUACUCUUUUAGUCCACUAUGAAAUAAAUGUGGAAACUUUCAAACUAAUUGUUUACUUACUUAUUGUGACAAAAAUUAUUUAUCCAAGUUUUUACCAUCAUAUGCUUAAAAUACCACAUGAUAGUGAUUAAAGGUACUCUUUAGAAUUCUAUAAACGUUUCUUUUGGCAAGAUGAGGAGGGGUGCAUCUCCAAGGAGAGGUUAUGCCACUCCACCAAGGUCAAGUUCUCCGCCGAGACGCCAACCGCCACAUCCGCCGCAACAUCCACCCCCGCCCCAACGCCAACCUCCACCCAGGCAGGGGCCGGGACUGUUCAAGCAGAUGGCAGCAACAGCUGGGGGUGUGGCCGUAGGAUCCGCCGUGGGGCACGCAGUGGGCGCCGGGAUAACAGGGAUGUUCUCUGGACGCGGGCAGGAGGUGCAAGCGGCAAGGGAGCAGUACGGUGCCACGGAGCCCACCGGCCCCUGCGCCUACGAAAUAAAGCAGUUCCUCAAGUGCGCGGAGACCCAGGAAGACAUUUCCGUCUGCGCCGGCUUCAAUGAGGCUAUAAAAAAUUGCAAGCAGCAGCACAAUAUUCCAUAAAAAGGAUGAGCCUCCUCCUCCAAUUCAGAUGCCAAAAGAAUCAAUAAAAAAAUAAACAAAUCUGAUAAAAUUUCUCAUCUUUUCUUUUUUUUAUCAUCUCAUAUACGGAUCUAGAAAUUAUGCCAUAUUUU